AUGUAUAGUACAAACCAUCCGAUUGUAGUUGGUAAUAAACAGCCUCUUCAACCUCCACAACCUCCACAAGCUUUAAAUGGUGGUUUACAUUCACAACCUCCUCCUCCUCCUCAUGAUUUACAACAACAACAACAACAACAACAACAGCAACAACAACACCCAAGUGGUCCAGGUAUAAUUGUAGCUGCUGCUCAAGCUAGUGCCAAACAACAAGCUCAAGCUCAAGCUCAAGCUCAACAACAAGCUGCUGCUCAAGCUCAAGUUCAAGCUCAAGUUCAAGCUCAACAGCAACAACAGCAACAACAACAACAAAUUUCAAUUGCUAGUGCCCUUUCGGAAACUACAACAUCCACUUGGUUAGCCAUUGGUUCUUUAGCUGAAAGUUUAGGUGACGUUGAACGUGCUUUAUCGUCAUAUGAUUCGGCUUUAAGACAUUCUCCAAAUAAUCCAGAAGCUUUAAUCAAAUUGGCAAAUGUUUAUCGUUCAAAAGAUGUAUUUUUUAAGGCUGCAGAAUUAUACGAACAAGCUUUAAACUUUAAUCCUGAAAAUGGUGAAACUUGGGGUUUAUUAGGUCAUUGUUAUUUGAUGUUGGAUGAUUUACAAAGAGCUUAUGCUGCGUAUCAAAGAGCUUUAUAUUAUUUAGAAAAUCCAAAUGUUCCAAAGUUAUGGCAUGGUAUUGGUAUAUUAUAUGAUAGAUAUGGUUCUUUAGAAUAUGCGGAAGAAGCUUUUGUAAGAGUUUUAGAAUUGGAUCCAAAUUUUGAUAAAGCAAAUGAAAUUUAUUUUAGAUUGGGUAUCAUAUAUAAACAUCAAGGUAAAUUACAACCAUCAUUAGAAUGUUUUCAAUAUAUUUUAAAUAAUCCUCCUCAUCCAUUAACUCAGCCUGAUGUUUGGUUUCAAAUUGGUUCUGUUUUAGAACAACAAAAAGAUUGGAAUGGUGCAAAAGAAGCUUAUGAAAAAGUUUUACAAGUAAAUCCACAACAUUCAAAAGUUUUACAACAAUUGGGUUGUUUAUAUUCACAAGCUGAAUCAAAUCCAUCGAGUCCAAAAAAUGGAUCAAAUAAUUUUCAACAAGAUUUAAAUAUUGCAUUGAAAUAUCUUACACAAGCGUUAGAAAUUGAUCAAAGUGAUGCUCAUUCUUGGUAUUAUCUUGGUAGAGUUCAUAUGAUUAGAUCUGAUUAUAAUGCUGCUUAUGAAGCUUUUCAACAAGCUGUUAAUAGAGACUCAAGAAAUCCAACAUUUUGGUGUUCUAUUGGUGUUUUAUAUUAUCAAAUUAGUCAAUAUCGUGAUGCUUUAGAUGCUUAUACAAGAGCUAUAAGAUUGAAUCCAUAUAUAUCUGAAGUUUGGUAUGAUUUAGGUACUUUAUAUGAAACUUGUAAUAAUCAAAUUAGUGAUGCUUUAGAUGCUUAUAGACAAGCUGAAAGAUUAGAUCCAAAUAAUCCUCAUAUAAAGGCAAGAUUAGAUCAAUUGAUAAAGUAUCAAAAAGAAGGUAAUACUCAUCCACCACAACCACCUCCAGUUUCUCAACAACCAAGAUUGCCUCAAGGUAUGGUUUUAGAAAGUAAUCAAGAACAACAACCUCAACAACCACAACCACAACCGCCACAACCGCAACAACAACAACAACAACAACAACAACAACAACCACCACCACCACCACCACCUCAACAACAACAACAACAACAUCAACAAAGUUUACCACCACCUCCUCACCAACAACCUAAUUAUCAACCACCUCAUAUAAAUCAACAACCUUACCAAUAUCCACAACCAAAAGAUGUGUAUCCAACUAUAAGUUCAAGAAAUCAUACACCUAAUCCAGCACCUGAAUUUCCUAAUAAUCAACAAUCAGAUAAAGAAGAAAAACCAAUAGGUCCUGCACCAGUUUCAAAAAAAGAGGAGAAGAAUAUUCCAACUACUGAACCAGAAGGUACAAGAUCAACAGCAAUACCUCUGACUAAAAAAAAUGGUAAACAUGAUUUAGAAGAUAAAGAAGAUCAAAAAGUUACUAAAAAGCCAAAUAAUCCAGAACCAAUUGAAAAGAACAUUGAAAAAGAACCAAAUGGUGAAACUCCUAUAAAUAGUGUGGAAGAGAAAAAAUCAACACCUCCAACAACAUCAAAUCAAUUGAAAAAGGAAGAAAAAACAGGUGCUGUUGUAUCUCCUCCUCCUGCUCCUGCUUUAAGUACGGAAGAAAUAAUUGGAAAGGAAGAAGAACAAGAACAAGAUAAAGAAACACCAGCUUUAAAAGAAUCUAUUAUGCCAGUAAAAGAACCAAUUGAAGAAAAUAAAGAUAUAGAAGAAGAAGAAAAAAAUGACGUUGUUGAACCACCAAUGAGAAAAGUUGAAGAAGAAGAGAAUUAUGAUGAUGAAUAG